GUGUGCGGCGUGUUCAGUGAUAAACGAGCUAAUGAUGAGGUGAUUCUUUUGAAUGAUGAUGAAGGGCGCUCGCCUUUUAUACAGCUCGUUAAGCAAUUUAGUGCGCAGUACAGAAAAUUUAAAAUAGUUUGCUGUCACACUAUUCAGUGUUUUAAGAAGAUUGAAAUAAAUCGAUGCUUGCAUAUUAUAAGAAGUGUGGAUUUCCAUAAUUUUCAUAUAACAUGUUUUCGCUUAUUACAACUCAAUGUAAAUAUUUAUUGUUGUGUUGCAUUUGUCUAUGUAAAAAGCAUUCUUUUGUUUUUUGUU